AGCACUUCAGUAAUUCAGAGCUAUUUCUGUACCAAACUGUGAAACCAGGAAUGGCGUUCUCACUAAACUUGUGAACAAAAAACAAAAAGAUAAAUCACUUUAUAUAUGCAAGGCAACUACCUCCACAGGAAAUAUAAGUAAGAUGGACAAGGACCCUUCACUGCCUACUGCGCCAUCGCCAACUGCCCCCACUGGCCCACCCACCCCCCCCUCUGCUCCAGAUCCUUCCCCCUCCACUCCGGAUCCCACCCCCUCUGCUCCAGAUCCCACCCCCACCCCCCCUCCCGCUCCCCCUCCCGCUCCCCCCCCGGCCCCGCAGCCCGCCCAGAGGCCCCGCCCCUCGGCGUUUGCGGCGCUGGCGAAGCACCUGCUGAUGCAAGAAAAGAUGAAGGCCUCAGAGGAGCCGCCUGCUGGCCUGGCCACUCCUCACACAGAAGAGCCUGUCAAACGGGAGGAGGAAGAGGAGGAGGAGGAGGUGCCAUUUGAGGAGCUGGGAGAGAGGGCGAAGGCUGGAGAUGCUAAAGCCCAAGCCAGCUGCGGUCCCCAGAACUGCACACAGUACUCCAACUGUGGUCUAAGAGUAUUGUAUAAGCUGGGACAGUAUUACCUGAAGUUGCCAGAUGAGGGCGAUGUGGAAGCAAACAGCCGUAAAGCUGUGGACUGGUUGAUCAAGGCUGCCAAACAGGGGAGCAAGAGAGCUGCAAAGCUACUGCGCCACUGCCUGACUUACAAGAAAGGCAUCACCGCACAGAAUGAGGAGGAAAUGAAGAAGCUGGCCAGUGAGAGCAGGUUUGAGCAGGCUGUGAGGAAGGCGGCCAUGAUGAUGUACUGGAAGCUGAACCCGGACAAGAAGCAGAAGGUGGCCGUGACUGAGAUGCUGGAGCAUGUGCAGCAGGACAAUUCAGCUGGUGAAUAUGUGGGUUUGGAGGAUUUUGUGGAAAUCACCAAAAACUUCACACAAGGCAUUGCCCCAUCCCCCACACUAGACAGCAGCAGAGAGCAUGGGGAGAAGAGCCUGGAUGAGAAGGAGGAGCCUGACGGCCUGAAGGAGUCAGCCUAUCACAGGAUGCUGAAGUCGGACUGGGGAGUGGGCGGGGCCGGCCUGCUGAACGCCAACAGCCGCUCUGCCAUGACCCGUGCUUUCAACAUCAAGUCCCACUUCCUGAUCCUGCAGUACCCCGUCCAGGUGCUGGUGCAGCUGAAGGAGCACCUGAUCGACUGGGCGUCCCGCGCCGGCCUGCAGUGGCUGAGCACCAUCAUCCCCACGCACCACGUCAACGCUCUCAUCUUCUUCUUCAUCAUCAGCAACCUCACCAUCCAUUUCUUCGCCUUCAUCAUCCCCCUCUUUGUCUUCUACCUCUCCUUCGUGUCCAUGCUGAUCUGCACACUGCGGGUGUUCCAGAACAGCAAGGCGUGGGAGAACUUCCGGGCGCUGACCACGCUGCUCUCGCGCUACGAGCCCGGGCUGGACCUGGAGCAGGCCGAGACCAACUUCGGCUGGAACAACCUGGAGCCCUACCUCUACUUCCUGCUGUCCGUCUUCUUCGUCAUCUUCUCCUUCCCGCUGGCGGACAAGGCCUGGAUCCCCUGCUCCGAGCUGGCCAUGGUGGCCAUGUUCUUCACAGUGGCAAGCUGCAUCAGCCUGAGACGCUCGGCAGGGCUGUACAUGCGCCGGGCGCUGGUGGUGGAGGUGGCGUCCACGGCCUGCACCCUGAUGGCUCGCCUCCCCGAGAGCAUGGCGCUCGCUCGCUCGCUCGGGGUCACCUUCGUCACCCUGCCGCUGGGGGAGUGGGUGGAGCUGCACGUGAGCGUCCCCUGCCUGCUCUACCUGUACCUGUUCUACCUGUUCUUCCGCAUGGCGCAGAUGCGUGGGUUCCGGGGCACCUACUGCGUCCUGGUGCCCUACCUGGUGUGCUUCACCUGGUGUGAGUUCGCAGGCGUCCUGCUGCAGAGCGCCACAGCGGUGGGGGUGUUGCGCACGCUGGUGGCCUGCUUCCUGCUGCUGUUUGCGCUGCCGGUGCUGGCCCUGGGGCUGGCGGCCGUGCUGCUGGUGCAGGCGGGGCGCUGGCUGCUGGAGCUGCAGCUCACCCGGCUGCUGGUGACGCUGGCGGUGUGCGCCGUGCCGGUGACUCUGCGGCUGUGGACCCGGUUCAGCCUGUCUCCGCUGGACGUGCUGCGAGCGCUGGCCCGCAGCAGCGCCGUGAAGCUGCUGCUGUUCUGGGCGUCGGCCGCGCUGCUGUUCUGCUGCGUGUACGUGCUGCGGGCCGAGGGCCUGAGGGCGCGCGAGUCCUCGCUCUCCUGGCAGCAGUACGGCCAGGCCUGCGGGCCUCCGGCCUGGCGGGAGAACGGUCUGGCGCACACGCAGAUCUUCUGCAGCCACCUGGAGGGCCACCGGGUCCACUGGGCCGGCCGCAUUCUGGCCGUGGCCGUGUCUGAGACGGAGAACGGGCCGCAGGCCGUCAUCAACCUGCUGCCCAGCUUCGCCGGAGACUGGCUGCGCUGCCUGUACGGGGAGGCCUAUCCCGACUGCGGGAACGCCACUGCCCCCGCCGGGAACGCCACUGCCCCCGCCGGGAACACUAGUACCUGGAACUCCAGCGCAGGGAACGCCACUGCGCUGCAGGAGCAGCAGGAGCAGCGGGAUCUCUGCCGGCUCAAGGCGCUGACUCGGCACGACUGCCACGUGAAGCGCUUUGACAGCCAUCGCUUCCUGGUGACGGUCAGCGCGCUGCCAGAGGAGGGGGCGGGGCUGGGGGCGGAGCCUGUGCCGGACAUAGUCCUGCGGGCCAGUGGAGAGUUCCGGCAGGUUCUGCUGAGCCUGGAGCUCGGGGGGGUGGUGGAGUUCAGCGCUGUGCUGGAGAGCCGUCUGGGCAGCACAAGCCCCGCCCUGCAGCUGCAGGCCAUCCAAUCACGCGCCCUCGCUGCCCAGACGCAGCACAAGAUUGAGCCCGACUGGAGGGGCGGCGUGCUCCGAGCUGUCAAAUUCGCCUUCGACUUCUUCUUCUCGCCAAUCCUGUCGGCCCGGAUUCGUGAGUAGGGGCCGGACUUAGAUCAUGGACUCUGCACUGUCUGCUAAUGUUGCCCUGCUGCUUUGGAUAAACGUUCCGCUAACUGUUUUCUAACUGUUCCGCUAACUGCUCAAAUAAUUUUUUGGAGGCUCCAAGCUCCUGGCUUUUAGCCCCUAAAAGGAACAUUUAAUGGAUUGGAAUUUCCUUAAAGGUCACUGACCUCGACUGACUUCUGGUUCAGACAAAGAACACGGAGAAAGCCCCAAGCCUGUCUGUGAGGGGAGGUCUACAGGACAACCCCUUUAAAUAAGGCUGGUUUUGGGGUUUUCUGAAUCCUUCAAAAAAAAUCUAUAUAUUAUGUAUUGUUUUUAUGAAGGGACAAUGUUUACUAUUUUUGAAACAAUGUUUGAAAGAUACUCCUAGGUCACUGAAUUUCAGAACAUACAAUAGAUAGACUAUUCUAGAGAAUCUUACUUCAACUUGAGCAUGUUGUAUGUGAGUGCUGUCCCUAUCAGUGUGAGUCUCUUCCUAAUGAGGUCAUCAAAGUGUGCAGCACUCUGAUAAGGCCAUAAUCAUGGGUACAGGGUUCUGCUACUGGCCCAUACAGUGGAGAAUCUGCAAAUUCACAUCAUGAAUAAAAGCAUCCCCUUUCUGACCAGUUACCAGUGUCAUUCUCACCACCAGCCCAGAGUUACUCUCUCAAGCCUCCCAUCAAAGCCUCCCUGUAAAGUCUCUUUUUUGUGCAUUCAAAAUGUUUGAUUAGCCACAGGGUAAAGAGCUAUAAUUAAAUACAUGUUCAGCCCAUUCUUUUUAGAUAUUCUCUUUUUGUUUGGUUGCCCACUGAUAGGUUGUGCUGCUGAAUGGAAUGCCAUGAUAUUCAGUCAAACAGGAGUUUGGGACCACUGUCAGUGAGUACUUCAUGAAUUCUCCGCUGGCAACUGUAACAGCCUGUGAACGCUGCCUCUAGCCAGCUACGAGUCUUUCAGUCCUCGCUUUUGGAAUUUUCCCCAAUUCUGACCGAUCAGCUGUAACAUUCUAUAAAAAAUGCACGUAGGUCAUUGGUACUACGACAUAGUUUUUUUCGAAUUGCAGAGGUAGCUAAUGUUAGCUAGCCCAGGUAUUUGCUUACGGCCUAACCUAUUAAGCUAACGUGACCCAGUUUAACCGAGAAAGCUGGACCAGACCAGCGAAUCUGGGUACUUUGACCUACACACCACUUCUUGGCUAAAUUAGCUACAUCUUUGACAACAAUAUCCAAUUUUUUAUUUAUUAUAUUUUCGACAAGCUGAAACUCUUUUGAGCAUUUCCAUACUAAGUUCACAUUUUUACAAUAAGUAGUUUUUGAGAACGAGAGCUUUGUUUGACACCAACGCUCUAUCGCCAAGUCCAGCCGCACGCCAAGUUUAAUCACUUUAAUCACUUUAUAACACACCGGAUCAAUCGAUAGCUACCUAGCUCCGUGUCUUGUAGCUGUAUAAUUUGUAUAGAUAUAUCGAUUACCUCAACCCCACUAACGUUAGGAGCUAGCUAGCGCUGUGACAUUACAUGUCAUUUGGCUGAUGCUUUUAUCCAAAGCGAAUUACAGUUGGGCGGCACGGAUGGUGCAGUGGGUAGCACUGUCGCCUCACAGCAAGGAGGUCCUGGGUUCGAAUCCCCGUCGGCCGGGGCCUCUCUGUGCGGAGUUUGCAUGUUCUCCCCGUGUCUGCGUGGGUUUCCUCCGGGUACUCUGGUUUCCUCCCACAGUCCAAAGACAUGCACGUUAGGCUGAUUGGAGAGUCUAAAUUGCCCGUAGGUAUGAGUGUGUGAGUGUGUGUGAGUGAAUGGUGUGUGUGCCCUGAGAUAGACUGGCGACCUGUCCAGGGUGUAUUCCUGCCUUUCGCCCAAUGUAUGCUGGGAUAGGCUCCAGCCCCCCUGCGACCCUGAUCAGGAUAAGCGGGUUCAGAUAAUGGAUGGAUGGAUGGAAUUACAGUUGAUUUUGACUAAGCAGGAGACAAUCCUCCCCUGGAGCAAUGCAGGGUUAAGGGCCUGGGUUAAGGGCCUUGCUCAAGGGCCCAACGGCUCUGUGGAUCGUAUUGUGGCUACACCGGGGAUCGAACCUACGACCUUGGGAGUCAUGUACCUUAACCACUACGCUACAGGCCGCCCCUUCUUGAAUAUAAUGCCAUGGCUGGUGUCAAACAUCAGUGUACCGCCAGACUUGGCGAUAGAGCAGGUGUAGAUACAGACUGGCUCUGCUGUCAAACAAAGCUCUUUCUCAUAAACUACUUAUCGUAAAAAUGUCCACUUAGGAUCAAAAUUCUCAAAAGACUUUCAGCUUGUCGGAAAUAUAAUAUCACCACUGUCCACAGAAGAAUUCAUGAACCGAAAUACAGAGGUUACACUACAAGAUGCAAACCACUGGUUACCUGCAAAAACAGGAUGGCCAGGUUACAGUUUCCCAAGAAUUACAUAAAAAAGCAACCACUGCUCUGGAAAAAGGUCUAGUGGACAGCUGAGAAGAAGAUGAACUUAUAUCAGGGUUAUGGCAAGAGCAAAGUAUGGUGGAGAGAAGGAACUUCCCAAGAUACAAAGCAUACCACCUCAUCUGUGAAACAGGUUGGUGGGGGUGUUAUGGCCUGGGCAUGUAUGGCUGCGGAAGGUACUGGCUCCGUUAUCUUCAUUGAUGAUAUAACUGCUGAUGGUAGCGGCAAAAUUAAUUCUGAAAUUUAUAGACACAUCUUAUCUGCUCAAGUCCAAGUGAAUGCCUUAAAACUCAUUGGCUGGUGGUUCUUUCUACAGCAAGACGAUGAUCCCAAACAUACUGCUAAAGCAACAAAAUAGUUUUUCAAAGCUAAAAAUGGUCCAUUCUUCAGUGGUCAAUCACCAAAUCUGAACCCAAUUGAGCAUGCCUUUCAUAUGCUAAAAAAAGAGAACGCUAAAACAUGGCUUCAAAGGUGGCUGCAAUACAGGCCUGGCAGAGCAUCAUCAGAGAAGACAUCCAUCAACUAGUGAUGUCAAUGAAUUGCAGUCACUGUAUGCAAAGGAUAUGCAACAAAAUACUAAACAAUACUACUUUAAUGUACAUAGCAUUGCUGUGUCCCAAACAUUAAGGUGCCUUGAAAUGGGGGACUAUGUAUAAACACUGCUAUAAUUUCUACAUGGUGAAACCAAAAUAUGUAAAACUUUCCUUUAUUAAAAUCUGGCAAAGUG